AUGGGGGAUGGAAUUGUCCUGGAGCGCAUACUCUCCGGAUCUGAGAAACCAACCAAUCUGGCAUUAGCACUUUUACAGGAGAUUACAGAAAAUUUCUCUGAAAUGAGAAAAAUUGGCGAGGGCGGAUUUGGGGUGGUUUACAAGGGUGUGCUCCACAGUAGGAUUGUUGCCGUGAAGAGGAUAAUUAUGAGUGAACACACAAUCAACGACAGGUUAUUUGAUCGUGAGGUUAAAAGCUUGAUGAAGAUUAUUAGCCAUCGAAAUGUAGUCCGCUUUCUUGGCUUUUGUUCAAAUACACAUCGUGAAGCGAUAAAAGAGGCAGGAUCAACAGAAUUGGUUAUGGCCCAGAUAAGAGAAAGAUUACUUUGUUUUGAGUAUAUCAGCAAUGGAAGCCUUGAUAAACAUAUUACAGAUGAAUUAAGAGGACUUAAAUGGAGUAUACGGUAUGAAAUAAUUAAAGGAAUUUGUCAUGGUUUGCAUUACCUUCACGAGGAAAAUAAUAUUAUCCAUAUGGACCUCAAACCUAGCAAUAUAAUGAUAAAUGAUGAUAUGGUGCCAAAGAUAACAGAUUUUGGUCUAUCAAGACUUGAUAAACACACACACACCAGUGGUGCCCGUUUUAUAACACAGGGAUACUGUGCUCCAGAAUACGUGAAUGGUGGCAAGACGUCAAAAAAGGCUGACAUGUAUAGUUUGGGUGUUAUAAUCACGGAACUGGUAACGGGAUGUAGGGGUGAUCCAAAUAAUGUUAAUGUGCUUCGAAGGUGGAUACACAGGUGGGAUAAAUCACCGAAAGAUACGGUGCUGUCCCAAUACCAGCAAGUAACUAAAUGUUUGAAAAUUGCGGCACACUGCAGGAAAAAAGAACCAUCAAAUAGACCUUUUAUAUUGGAUAUAAUUUGUAUUCUCAAUGAAACUGAAGAAAACAUGAAUGAGCACAUUGACCAGAGAAACAAGAGAGUAUGUAGAGAGAUUGUGAGGUGGAAGAAGAAGCGGCGCUGCCAGAUACACCUUUACUCGGAUGACAUGCUUGGAAUUAUGCCGCUCGAACUACGGUUUCCUUUUGAGCUUCAUAAGUCAAUAUCAUCCAUAGUUGAGCUAAUCAACAAGACAAAAGGUUACUACGCCUUCAACAUCGAUACGCCAAGCCGACAAUACUGCACACAACCAAACAAAGGCAUUGUGUCACCACAAUCCAAGUUUGCUAUCCAAAUAACAAUGCAAGCACGGGAGAAUACACCACACGGUAUGCCAUACACCGACGUGUUUCUUGUGCAGGGCACAAAAGUCAACAGGGAGGUCAAAGCCGAGGAUAUCACUGAACACAUGUUCAUUAUAGAGCCGGAUGGACUAGAUGAGGUGAAUUUGACGGUUGUGGUAUAUGAUCCCGAGGAACCUAGGGGAGAUAUGAAGAUUCGAGAUGACACCAAGAAGAAAAAGAAUAAGAUUGUUGAGUAUGCUUUUAGCGAGAUCAAACCCAACAUCAAUGCAACUCAUCAAGAAGAGGCAGUUCCGAUGGGCAACAAUUCUAUUAGCUACAAAGAUACACGACGACAAUUUCCCAAGCAACUAGAGUGCCUUAGCUUCCACACAACUCCAAGUAUUUUGGGCAACCAACACAGCAAUAUGAGCAACAGAAUUGUGGAUCUUGCAACCGGGGCCAUGGGCAGCCUGCGCCACAAGCUUGGCGAUCUCCUCAACAAAGAGUACAAUCUAGAGAUAAGCGUGAAGAUAGACAUAGAGUCUUUAUCAGAAGAGCUGAGGGAGAUGCAGCUAGCCUUGUGCAAGGUGUCGGAGGUACAUCGGGACUACCUCGAUGACAAGGUCAAGCGCUGGGCUGACAGUGUCAGGGAGAUGUCAUAUGACAUUGAGGAUGUUGUUGAUGGAUUCCUGGUACACAUUGGGCAUGCCUCUGACAUGGGCCUCUUCAUGGGGCUCAUGCAUAGGAUGUUCAACCUCUUCACGUGGGGCAAGACUCACAAUCCGAUUGAAGACGCUAUCAAAGACAUCAAGAAACAAGUUCAGGUUGUGGCUGAUAGACGUGAAAGAUGCAAGGUUGAUGAAGUCAUGGCUAAUGUAGCUGACACUAUUACCUUUGAUCCUCGCAUUUUGGCUAUAUACAAAGAUCCAAAGGAGCUCGUUGGCAUCAAAGAGCCAAGAAACAAGCUAAUCAGGUGGCUCUCUAAUAAGGAUGGGGAUGGGAAUGUCUCAAAACCGCAACUCAAGAUAGUUUCGAUCGUCGGAUUUGGAGGAUUGGGCAAGACAACACUUGCCAAGGCAGUGUAUGACGAGCUUCAAUCCCAAUUCCAACAUAGAGCUUUUGUUUCAGUGGGUCGGAAUCCUAAUGUGAAGAAACUUUUUGAGCAUAUUCUAGAUAAAUUUGGCUAUGGUUCCAAGGAAGCAAAGUUAAACGAAAUGCAGCUCAUCGACAAAAUGCGAAGAUUGCUUCAGAACGACAGGUACUUCAUAGUAAUCGAUGAUAUAUGGGAUUCCCCGACGUGGAAUGUUAUUAAAUGUGCUUUUACAAAAGACGAUUGUGGCAGUAUUGUGACAUGCCUGCUUGAUAUUGGUAAGUAUCUAGAGGAUAGCGAGAUAAAAAAAGAGGAUUUGUUGAGGCAGUGGACAGCUCAAGGCUUUGUGAGUAAAACUCGUCUGCGUGAUGCAGAGGAUGUCGCAGAAGACUACUUCUAUAAGCUCAUCAACAUGAGCAUGAUCCAACCCGUGGAGAUAGACUACAAUGAUGAGGUGUUGUCUUGCAGAGUACAUGAUAUAAUGCUUGAUCUCAUUAGAUCCAAGGCUGCUGAAGAGAAUUUUAAUCUUGUUAUUGAUGGGCCAGAAGUUGUGACAGGAGAACAAAGAAGGGUCCGUCGAGUCUCCAUUCAGUACAAUGGUGAAGACGAUGGCGGAAUACUGGCAGCAAUCAAUGGGUCACUAUCACAUGUCCGGUCAGUCUUACUUUUAAGAGGGUCUCUUGUGCAUUCUUUUCUGGUGCUGAAGUUUAUCCGAGUUCUUUACAUUAUAGAUUGGAGAUGUGAGAGACUAGAUCUCACCGAUAUUCGUUGGUUGUUUCUACUAAGAUAUCUGAAGAUUUGUGUCAGGAAAGAUUUGAUCAUACCUAGUAAAAUUGGGGAGUUGCAGCAAUUGGAGACAAUAGAAAUUAAAGGGCGAACAUUUCUUCCAUCAGAUAUUGUUACUUUGCCUCGGUUGUCACAUCUCAGUUAUUCAAAUCAUGUGUUGUUGCCUGACGAAAUCGGAAGGUUGAAAUCUCUUCACACCUUGCGAGGUGUUGAUUUCAUUCAAAGCUCGGUAGAAAAUAUCAAGGGCCUUGGUGAGCUGACAAACUUAAGGGAACUUGAGAUGGCUUGGAAAUUUGUUAAGGGAGCGGUCAACAUGCGUGUUGAUGCCUUGUGCUCUUCCAUUGGAAAGCUUUCUUGCAGUCUCAGGAGCCUUAGUAUUGGGUCCAAAUGCCUUCAAGACCUAUGGGUCGAUGGCUGGAGCAGCACACUAACCCCACCUCGUCGUCUUCAUAAGCUUGAUCUGUAUAGAUGUGAAUUCCAAAAAAUCCCCCAAUGGAUUGCUCAGCUCCACGAGCUUGACAGUUUAACUCUUUCCGUCAGGGAGGCUGCUGAUGGUGUCAGUAUUGUUGCAGGGUUGCCUUCCCUUGCCUACCUAAGACUAUAUAUACGUUCGGUUGACAAAAGGGAAGAAAGGGUAAUCAUCUCCGGCAGGGAAUUCAGAGCACUCAAGCACAUGAAUUUGGAAUGUCCAUAUCUGUCGCUGGUCUUCCAAGUGGGGGCUCUGCCCAAGCUAGAGACGCUUUUGAUGCGAUGCCGUUACCACAUUUCUGCCGAAUUCGUACCGGUUGGCAUUGAGAACUUGCCAUCUGGCACUCUUCGUGAGAUUCGUUUAGUGGUGGCUGAUUGUUUUGGAGGUCAUGGUGACGACGAUAACGGCGACUACAAUGACAAAGCAGCUGUGAGGUCGCAGUUGAUGAGAUCAUUUUGGCCACAUCAUCCUUCUGCUAACAUCACCAUUGAAUUUCUUUCGGAGUUUAGGUUGUGA